ACCCCAAAGCCCCAGCCCAAACCCUGCAGACGAGCAGCAGCAAUGGCGACCAGGACACUAUCCGUCUCCUCGCUCACCUCCACCGCCUUCGCCUCCUUCCAGCGACCCCGCAGGCCCCCAUCUGCUCCUCCCCUCCCCCGCCUCCUCGGCCCGCGCCUCCGCGCCUCCCCUCUCUCCACUGCCGCCGCCGCUCCCGAUGGCGAUGACGACGGCGUCGACACCGUCGAGCAGCUCCUCCUCCCCCGCCUGCCGUCCGCGUCAGCCCCCGGUGCCCCGCGCGGUCGGAUCGACCGCCUCAUGAAGCUGCAGCGCCGCGCCGACGGCGACGCGGUCCCCGGGCCGGCGGGGCCCGGGGGGCGGAGGAGGUGGUUCCCGUACCUGGACACGUUCCGGCCCGCGGCGGGGAGCGCGGACCUGUCCAGCCGGGAGGUGGUCGAGGUGCUGGAGCCGUACAUCCUCGAGGCGCGGCGUGAUCGCAUCCGGCGCGCCGUUGAUAAUCGGAGCUAUGCUGUUUGCCUUGUGGUGGAGGGCCUCUCCGACUUCGGCAACGUCUCGGCAGCGUUCCGCUCCGCCGACGCGCUCGGCGUGCAGUCUGUGCACGUCAUCUCCUGCGAUAGCAGCAAAAGGUAUAGAGACAACAGGCAUGUGAGCAUGGGUGCUGAAAAAUGGCUUGACAUUGAGAUAUGGGAUUCACCAGCAGAAUGUUUCAGUGCAUUAAAAAAGCGUGGCUAUCGCAUUGCAACCACUUCUUUGGGAACGGAUUCGGUUUGUGUGUAUGACAUGGAUUGGUCUCAACCAACGGCUAUUGUUGUGGGCAAUGAGCUAAGGGGUAUAAGUGAUGAUGCUCUAGAGUUGUCAGACUUGCACUGUAGUGUUCCUAUGAAAGGCAUGGUGGACUCGUUUAAUGUAUCUGUUGCAGCUGGAAUCCUCAUGCACCAUGCUGUUUGUGAUAGAGUUUCCCGCCUCGGUCAUCACGGUGAUUUGUUACCAGAAGAAAAUAGAAUAUUGCUUGCUGAAUUCUAUCUGCGACAUAGGGAAAGCACAUCUACCAUACUUCAUGAAUAUGCCAAAAGGAAAGCGGAAAAUUUUAUGGCCAGACUUUGAGAGCAUCCUGAGGCCGACUUAUGCAUAGGCGCAGGUGAUCAACCUGAAUGAUUUAUUUGGCAAUCAGAUGUUGGCUUACCCGGUGCAUCUUUCUAACAUCAAACAAAUUGGUGGGUUCUUUAGCCAUAAGGUCAUUUUUCCUGGAGAGUACCGUUGGGCUACUUGGUCUUCAAGAGAUUCAAGACAGUGACUCGCACAGGAUUGCCGGCAAGAAUAUGACCUAAACCCAACCAUUGUGCAGAGCUGUUAACAGUUACUAGUACGCACCCGGUUUUCAGUGACGUUGAUCUUUGCUCCCCAAAUAUAGACGUUAUGUUGUAUGCUAUUGUUAGGGUUAAGCACUUGAGCAUGCAUGGUAUCUUUCCACUCGGAAUCUUUCACAAAUCUUGGCAACUCACCGUUUUCAA